AUGGAUACUCAUUAAUUAGAGAAGGAAUUAAAUGAAAAAUUAAAUCUUAAGGAUUAGGGAAAUACAAAUCUUGAAUAGCAAAAGAAUUAACCCUAAUAAAAUCAUAUUAUAAGAGAAAUCAAAGAUGAGGAAAUAGUCAUUGAAAGAGAUCCAUAAACAAACGCAAAAAUCAUAAGUGGCUUUUAAAUUUGCAAAGAGAUAGGAAAGGGAUCUUGGAGCUAAGUUAAGUUGUGUAUUGAAAAAAGUACUGGGAAAAAAUUAGCUUUGAAGAAAUUUCACAAAAAUAUUUUAAAAAAGAAAACUAAAAUGACAAAAGACGAGCUAGGGAAUGUAUAUUACAAAUCUUAGUGGGAAAAUGUAGAAACAGAAAUAGAACUCAUGAAAAAAUUUAAUCAUCCGAAUGUUACAAUGAUAGACAGUAUAAUAUAUCAUGAUUCAUAGUCAAAGUUAUAUUUAAUUAUUGAUUAUUGUGAGUAUGGAGAUGUUCUUAAAUGGGAUGAAAAAACUCUCAAAUUCAGUCAUUUAUAAAUUCCUUAAGCUGGCAGUAUUGAUUAUCUUUAGAAAAUAAUGUUAGAGUCAUGUUUGGCUUUGUAGUACCUUCAUUAACAAAAUAUCAUACACAGAGAUAUUAAGCCAUAAAAUAUUUUGCUAACACAUGAGCUAAAAAUUAAGUUAUGUGACUUUGGUUUGGCUGUCAAAUUGUCAUCAGAUAACCAUCGCAUCAAGGGAACUGAAGGAACCUAUCAUUUUAUGGCUCCUGAAAGUCUAAGCGAUUCAAAUCAAAAGAAUGGAUACGACGGUAAAAAAGCAGACAUUUGGUCUUUAGGAGUCACAUUUUAUUGCAUGGUUUACUUAAAACUUCCAUUCUAUCACGAUAACUUAAUGGAGUUGUUUGAAAUGAUUCAAAACAAAGAGCCCAAAUAUGAUAAAAAAAUGUAAACACAUGACUUGCUUGACCUAUUGUAGAAAAUUCUUGUAAAAGACCCAAGCAAAAGAUUAGGCUUAAAUGAAAUAAUCAAUCACAGCUUUUUUAAAAACCCUUAAAAAAUGUGA